AUGCAAUCAUACUCUGGACUUAAAUUCGCACAAAACACCUCUUAACCGUGGACUAGGAGUUUGGUUGAGAUCAACGGCUGAAGAUAAUUAGGGUUGGUUGGUGUAAGGCAUGCUUAGCAGCAGUAGUGCAUAGGAAAUCUUGAAGGUUCAACCUGCGUAUGGCAACAGUCUACCCUGACCUCCAUCGUAUCAGUCACCACCAUCGUUUCAUCGCUGCCUUGGGCUGACCCAUGCGCAAGUAAUGACGACAUCGAAUUACCGCGUAAAAUUUGUCUCACAUGCUGAUGAGCCUGAUAUCAUUGUAGUCGCCGAUGAGACGGACACUAUAGAUGUCAUAAUUCAGCAGGUUUGUAAGGCCCGGCAGGUUCCGCCGCACAGGCACUUGCGGAUACUGUGCGCUGGGCGGGAGCUAUAUGCCGACGACCCGGUCUCCAAGGCGCGGGCCAAGGUGCUGCACUGCACGGUCACGGACUCGCCCCCGCAGCGGCCCCCGCCCGCGCCCCCGCGGAAGGUGGCAGCACCGGCAGCACCGCCCCCGCCACCCGUGGUGGAGCAGCCGCCCGUCGACUGGCUAGACGUGGUGGACCCGGGCACGGUGCUGAUGUGGAUAUUCGGCUCCAUCCUGGCGCUGCUGUGGCUGCUCUUCGUGUUCUAUGCCGCACCACACCCGACCCGCGCACCCGGGGGGGACGUACGACGCGCAGUACGACCCGGCAACGGGGCGCUCCACGGCGGUUGGCGGGCACCAGGGGGGCGCGUGGCAGCGGCAGAUGUACGAGGGAGACAUACCGCCGCGGCCGCCUGCGAGGGUGCGGCCGGGCAGCUGAUGAUGGGCGGGGCUUGGAUGGGCCGAGGGUGGUGUAUAGGGGCUACUCCGGCCUAGCGUGUAGGAAGGAUAGGUGUUUGUUUAGGAUGAGCCGCGAGGGAUUAGCGAUUGUGCAGAGGAAUUGGGGGAUUGCUUGCUUGUUUACGCUCGAAGAAUGGGGGACACGAACAGAAAUCCGAACCGAGGGAUGGGGGAUUGUAUGGCUUGGCAAUACGUUGGUGGCUGAGGGUGUGAUAGAGUGUUACAAUGUUGCUGUGGUCGGUGGCAACCCGGGGUGAAGCCCCGGACAACGGAUACGAGUGAGUCCAGUCGAACUUAAUAUGGCCCAACAUGGGUGGCUACUGAGGUUACUGGGGCUCCUGUAGCGCAUGGCAAGGGCAUGAGCGCAUGACUCUUGCGGUGGCUGGUCGGGAAUUGCCGGCAGUUGAAACGAGUGUUCCUGCGCGGCCGGGUUUGGGGAGCUAGGUGCCCAUUCCCUGGCAGGCGGCGUGGCAGGGGGGUGUGAGUUGCUGGAAAGGGUGGUGUAGUGUCGGGCCCCUUUGGUGCAGGGGGGCGGGUCCAUCCUGCCCCUAUUUCCAUCUUGCAGUUGAGGACCACCAAGGGCAUCCCCAAUGGUGGUGGUGGCCUCCUUUUUUCCAAAGGUGGAUGAAACUUACGUCGGUACGAUUAGAGGCGUAAACACUUGGAUUGGGUAUGGGAAGAGAGCGCAGUUAUCGUUUUGCGGCUGUGUUACGCUGUGAGUUACGGCAUGGGUGGACCCACCGAGCAGAGCGCAGCAGGCUCCUGCUGGGCGGUGGAUGUGGACCCCGCCUAGUGUAAUGACGGGUAGUCCCCAGCAAAGCCCCGGCCCCAUGGCUUGGGGCCAACCAGAUGCGAGAGAGUUUGGGUGCAUACCGCGAGGUGAGGAUGGCGGUUCCAUGAUGCCAGGACCUGGGGGGCCCCGCAGUUGGAAG